AUAAAACCACUGCAAACUUCCUUCCCCACGAGCUGUCCAGCAAAGAUGGGUUCGAUACGGAAACAUCUACUAACAUUGGGGAUCUGCCUCUGGCUGUUGGCCGACAUUAAGCCGAUCUCUGGUUUUCCCUCAAAGAAAAAUAAUUUAUUUGGUCAGUGUGACACAGAGCCAAGGCCACGUCUUACGGUGAUACAGCCGGGGCCAAAUGGCGAACUGCAGCUCCAGGGCGGUAUCAUGGGACUCUAUAUGAACGUGCACCAGAGUCCAUCGAACCAUGGUCCCACGCCUAAGGAUUCGCUUAAGCAAAUGCACGUCUGUCCGCACUCUGAGCAGAAGUCCAAUGAAGAUCUAUCUGUACACUAUGUAAAGGUCACAGCAUUUAUACCGGUGAAUAUAAAGCCGAUUCAAAACUGUGGACAUAAUGCGGUAGAACCACCUCCGACGCCUCCACGGCCUUCACCGUCUCCGCAACCUGAUCAACCGCUACCGCUGCCACCGCCGCCACCGCCUCAGCCUUCACCGCCACCACCGCCACCACCGCCACCGCCUCGUCCUCUUCCUUCUCGAUUCGUUAAGCCACCUUGUCCACAUCUACCGCCUCCGCCACCCCCUAAGCCUACUGCUCAACCGGAAAUCAAUUUGAAAGGCUGUGUUGCGGAUUGUCCGUAGUUCGUAGAGCUUCUCCAAUAACCUAGAAAUAGUUACGGAAAUAAAUAUAACAGAGAUCACUCCGUAGAAAACGUUAA